AUGGUUUUUGUUCGAGUAAAUACAUUUCUAACAUGUGUGUGUCUUGUUACAGUUGCCAGUUGUCUCCAGCGGUUGGGCCCGGACUAUGUUGAUAGUGAUGAUGAGGAGGAGGUGCAACUAGAAGAGCCCAAUAAUCGCAAACGUAAAUCAUCAGAUGGGACGACUGGUGAUGAAAAACGUUUGCGGCGCAGUGGAAAGCAAAUCCCAGCCAGUUGGAUCUCACCCACUGACCUGGCUGAAGCUGGACCUUCUUCCUACACCCACACUGCAGCUCAUCCACAGCAGUCACAACCAACAUCACUAUCACCGGUGGUGAGCGUACAGCAAGAUACGAUAGAUCAAGUCUUAGCUGACUUGAGUGAUUUCUCACAACUGGAGAAGUCAGAUAACGAUCAACUGGCACCGCCAGUAACAGAGUGCCAGUCGCCGGCCCAGUAUCCAUCGUCACUACCUGGUGGUAGUGAGCAGCAGCAGCCAGAACAGCAACGACCUACCUCGCCAAGAGUACAUCCAUAUUUGCUUAGAGGUAUCUUAGCUAAGUUAGGUUAUUACUCACAACUGGAGACGUCAGAUAACGAUCAACUAGUACCGCCAGUAACAGAGUACCAGUCACAGGACCAGUACUUCGCUCCUCAACGCUAUAGUGAUUGUGACCUGCAGCCGACAGAACAGCUUCAGCAACAACCGACUUCACCACCGGUACAGCCAGAUUUACUUGAAGUCGAAGCUGACUUAGGUCUUUCCUCACAACUGGAGACGUCAGAUAACGAUCAACUGGCAGCGCCUGUAACAGAGUCCCCGUCACAGGACCAGUACUUCGCUCCUCAACAAUACUUGCUUCCAUCGUCACUACCUGGUGGUAGUGAGCAGCAGCAGCCAGAACAGCAACAACUUAGAGGUAUCUUAGCAUACUUAGGUUAUUACUCAUCAGAGCCGGAGCCGUCACUGGCCAAUCAACUCGCACAGCCAGUAACAGAGUACCAGUCGCCGGCCCAGUACUUUGCUCCUCAACAAUGCUUGCUUCCAUCUUCACUACCUGGUGGUAGUGAGCAGCAGCAGACAGAACAGCUUCAGCAACAACAGCAGCAGCAGCCAGAUUUACUUGAAGUCUCAGCUGACUUAGGUUAUUACUCAUCAGAGCUGGAGCCGUCACCAUUGUACCACCAGAGUCAGUCGUACUUCUACCACCAUCAGAAUCGCUACAGCUAGAGUUCGAGCAAGACUAUCAAGAUAUUUUUUU